AAUUGUUUAGAGGUGACGUUUAAUGCACUGAAUUUGCAUCUAGUGCCCUGUGACAGACCAUCCAGGGUGUAUUUCUACCUCAUGCCCAGUAUAGCUGGGAUAAGUCUCUGGAUCUGCCAUGACCCUAACUGUGAUAGCGUGGUUAGUGGAGAUGAGUGAAUGGUCAAAGAUAAGGUGAGAUAAUCUAACCCUAGGCAAGAUACUUUUACUAAUCAGUGAUUAAGAAAUAAGAAAUAAUAAUAAGUGGCUUGAGAAAGACGAGACCUACAUGAGAAAAUAGUUUCUCAUUUCGUGAAACAAUAAUUAUUUGAAUUAUAGAUGUCUCUCCUGUUUUUCACAUACAUAGGAAAUCUUUAGGGCUACAUUUUGUGUGUGUAUGUUGGCAGUGUGUUUUGUGUGUGUGUGUGUGUUGGCAGUGUGUUGUAUGUGUGUAUGUGUGUUGGCAAUGCGUUCUGUGUGUGAGUGUUUGUGUGUGUUUGUGUGUGUUUAAGUGUGUGUGUGUGUGUGUUUGAGUUAGAGGUCUUCACGGGCCCACUUAGAUCCGAAAACCCAAGGUCCAAAAAGAGACCCGAGCGGGUUCGGGUCAAAAAGUUUCACGUGUGUCUCGGACACCGGUCGGGUAUAAUAAUAGCGGUAUCGGGUCUCGGGUAAUUUAAAAUGAAUGUGUUUUUACCGAACGGACCUGAGAAGACCCGAACUACUGUAUCUCGCGUGUGUGCAUCGACUCGACCUUUUCCAACCUCUCCUCUGUUUGCCAAGACCGCUGUAGCGGUUACUUUAGUGUAGAGUUAUGCAACAUUCGGGUCCAGUUGGGUAAAAAAAAAUUGCCAACGGGUCGGGUCGGACUCGGGUCUAAUUUUUUCGGGUUUGUCGGGACUUUCUUAAAAAAAAUAAUAUAUUAUGCACGUCGGGUUCGGGUAAAAAGUGAUUCGGGUCACUUGGGGUCGGGUACAUUUUUUUAGACCCGAGAAGACCUCUAGUUUGAGUGUCUGUGUGUGUGUGUGUGUGUUGGCAGUGUGUUACAGGAAGUUCAAGUGCAAAGCUUUAUCUUUAACUACAUAAAGCUCUUUUAGGAAGUUCUUGUUCCUGUUUUAUGAUUAUUUAAAAUCUCAGUAUAUGUUUACACAAACCAUAAUGCAGUGUACACAAACUAUAAUGCAGUGUACGUACAAGCAUUUCUGGUUUGUGUAAACAUAUUCAUAUUGUUUUGGGUUUUUUAAAUUAAAUGAAUUUUUCUACAUUUUUAGUUAUAUAAGUCUUAAGUAUGUGGCAAACUAAACACGUCUGAGCCGUGAAACGUGAACACUUACACAUCAGUUAUAUAAAUCAGUUACCAUGUAAUAGUCACUACUGUCAUGCAUUAACCCACUUAUUUAUUAACCCUUUGACGCUCCAGUCUAGCAAGAAAACCCUCAGCUCACGUUACAUACAGUUGAGGUCAGAGGCGUUGCUCUAGGAUUGCGUUAGCCAUUGUAACAAGGCAUGUGGGACUCAUACUUCAAGAAAUGGUACAGUCGGUUGCUAUCCUCGUUCGCCUGUGUUGCUGUUCUCCAGCUGAGGCUAUUGACUAUGGAGAUGUGCGCGAGCUGAAGAAAGUAACGGCAAUUUUAAUGUCGAGCCUGACUUUCUAAUAUAAAUAUCGCCAAUAUGUCCGGCUUAAAUAAAACGACAGGAAAGUCUUCUGUGGUCUGUUCGCCUGUAAGCUGUUCACGCUUGCGUCAAGUUCAGGCUCUCCUCAAGGCUGGUGGUGAAACCGUUCCAGAUGGCAUCCUCUGUUCACUGGGUAUCGACAGCCGUUAUAAUGAGGGCUGUAGUGAGUUGGCCAGCUACCUUUUCUUUGGUCUUUAUCAACACAACCAGAAGCAGCUCUGUGAGGAGUUUCCUGAGGAGGUGCUGGAUGAUGUGAUCCUUCUCAUAAAGGCAGAGUGUGUGCACCUGUAUUGUAACCCUGUGAAUUAUAGCUACUUGCUUCCUUACAUUUCCCACUGGAGGAAUCUACACCUUCACUGCAUGACUGAAGCAGAGUAUGAGGAUGAGGAAGCCGCAGAAGAGUUUAAAAUCUCCAGUUUUGUGUCCAUGGUUGAUGACUGCAGUUACAUCGGAAUACCCUACAGCUCUCAAAGUCAUGUGCAGAAGUUUGAUAUGUUCAUGUUAGAGAAGUGGCCCAUUAUUCAAGCAUUUGCCCUGGAAGGAAUAGGAGCUGGUGGGUUUUUCACCAUGAAAUACAAGCUGACUGAUAUGAGCGAGUGUCUUUGGGAGAUUUACGGAAGACUAGACCCAGUGUCUUUGGACUAUCUGCUCAGUGAGGAUUUGCUGUUGUUUGAGAAGCAGUGGAGCUGCUUGUUUAACAUUGUGAACACAGAGAGCCCACUGUCUAUGCAGGAGAUGUCAGAGGCUCAGACUGCAGAGUCAUUCAGGACCUAUUACUCCCAUGGUCUCAUUUCAAGUAAUAUCACGGAUAAAAGUAAAAGCAGGCAACCAUAUGUACUGUUUGGGAGUCACUCCUCCAAAGAUGACCUGGAAAACUAUUGCUUCACCUUCCCCUCUGAGGGCCACCAGGUCCGCAACACUGGGCCUAGUGGGAGUGCUGCGAAACACAUGCUGCUUCAGUGUGUGGCUCCUAAAGGCCCAUUGACGUGUGCAAGAACAUAUUUCUUUGGCAGCACUCAUGUCCCAUACCUAGGAAAUGAUAACAGCACCCCACAGAAGUCAUCAGUGAUGCUGCUUACACAGAUCUACACAGCUGCUGUUCAGUCAGUGCUGGCAGGAAUAAAAUGCUUCUCAAUCAACUCCAGCGCUUGCAAGGCAAAGGAUGUUGCAGAGCAAACAUUUCAUCUGGCUUUGGAAACCUUUGGGAUGCUUCAGUACAAGAGUGCUCUCAGGUCUAAGGCAGUAUUUACCAUUGAAGCUGUGAACAAUGUAGGCAGGGUUAUACCUCUCAGUGAUGAGCACAGUCGCUUUCUGGUCAAAACUGCCUCCAUGGCGGUGUAUGAUAUUCCAGAUCUCCAGCAGGGGGGAGGGGAUCUGGGAUCUGUAGUCUUCUCUGAAUCCUUCCUGGAGUCUAGCAUCUACAUUCAGCAAGGGGAUGGAGCACUUGCGUCAAACAGCUGUUUUACUCUGCUUACCUCUUCAGUCCCUCGCUAUAUUUCCUGGAUGGUGGACGACGCUGAUGUGAGAUUGUCUGAGCAAGCUCUGAAGUUGUUAAAGGAGGAGAAUGGGACAUGUUUAGGGGUUCCUCUAACAACAAAACACUCAGCACAAGUGUUCUCUAACAGUUUGCUUUCUACACCUGAAGAAGUGAAGUUGGGUUUUUUUUCCGAGGGUUUAUUGAUUGUCCAUCCACAUUAUGGCAUCAUCGUUCUCUCUAAGAAUCACAUCAGAAGCAUCAAAGUUUAUGAUGGGGACUCUUUCUCCGUUGCUACCAUGCUGUUUAUUGAGUACGAGACCUCUGUGCUUCCACACCUUCCUUUUCCUCUACACAGUGCUGAUUGCUGUAUAGCCAUCGCUCUGAUGCCCAAAACCAAGGGUUACAAAGAGUUUUACUCACAGGUUCUGCAGUUUUGGAAUAAGCCUGAUUCCAAACUCCAUGUGCAGCAUGUUUCCCAAGACCAGCUGGGUCCGGACCAGAUGAGCAUGUACUCCAGAUUGCUGAAGCUUCAAGAGGCACAUGGUUCUUCUGCAGUAAAUACCAAAGCAACCCUGAAGACCGCUUAUUCAGACCUGCCAGAUAUGGACCGGUUUCUGAAGCACUUUGCUAUCAGUAGUAGCAUCGGUGAGGAGUCUGUGUACAGUGAACACCUAGCAGCCCUAUUCUCAAGCACACACCCCAAAUCAGCUGUUCCUGAGUCAGAGAAAAAGGUGGCCCUUUCAAUCAUAACAGGCUUACCAGGCAGCUAUAAAGAAAGUUUGUGUGAUUUUUUGGUGGAUGUGAAUCAGGAAUGUGGCAGGUGGGAGGUAUACCGCCCUGAUCUGGACUCAAAAGAGCUAUGUGUUCCACAUCUCCAGAGGUUCCUGAGUAGCCUAGUGGCCAAAACAAGUGAUACAUAUUUUAAAGCACCACAAGUUCUGCUGAUGACACCAGGGUGUACAGAUGUGCUGGAUGUGGUUCAAGCUGUCAUUUGUCAUCCAGACCCACAGGUUCAAAGCAGAAUCUCUUUGGGUGCUGUCACAGCCUGCGUCAACCCACUAACAUCCUUCAUGGAACACAGGCUUCUCUUCCCCAAACUCCUGGAGCAGUGUGGUCACGGUGUAGUGAGUAACGUGGUGUUUACGGGUUUGACCGCAGAGCAGAAACACCCUCUGUUGAAAUACAUGCAGCAGCUCAUCCGUUCAGCGAAUCCCAAUGCAGCAUUUAUCCUAGCCGAGAGAGGAGCUGUGACCAGGACGGAGGAUAUGCGGCUGAUUCUUGGUGACAGCGGAUUUUAUCAGUCUCAGAUGAUCAGAGCUAGAUAUCUGCUCUACCCUGGCUGGUGGGAAGGCAGAUUUGUUACUGGUUGUGGAUCUAUAGCAAUGUCCCAACACUUUGUACAGUUCAACCGUCCUCUAGAAAGAUCCUUAUUUCUGCACUGCUGCAAAGGAUUAAAGUCAUCCCUCAGAGGCAGCCCUUUCACAGGAAACAUCUAUCACAUCAGUGGGAAAGUGCUCUUUUCCGAUAGUGAAAGGUUGUGGGAGGUGAGCUGUAACUCCAUCAGUGGAAAUGUGUCUAUGGCUCUUGAUCAGAGCUCAACGUGUAGCCCCCAAAUAACACAAACUUGUUACCUGCUGAUGCAUGGGGUAGGACUCACCCACAGCGGACUGAAGGACUGGCUCAGACAGUGUGCUAAACAGAAAGCACCAAAGAAAGCAAAGAAGACCAGAAACACUCUUACACCUCAGGAGAUCAGAAAUAUCCAUGUAAAGAGACACUUGGAUCCUCUCCCUCCUGGUUACUUCUACAAUGGAUAUCAGUUUGUCAGUUUCUUUGGAGAGAGGCAGAACGUCCAUCCUUUAAUGGACCAGUUUGUAGAGGAAUAUCUCCAGGAGGCCAAUAAGGAGAUUGAAUGCUUUAACAGUGAGCUGGACCUGUAUGCACCCAGAGAUCUCUUUGACUAGAGUUCUUCCUCUGUCCUGUUUACCCUGGAAGGGGUUUCACUCUAGCGUCAGUGAUGUCGAAAAUAAUCUGUUCACUAUACUGUCCACAUAAUGUUAAGGGGAUAACAAAGACACUAAGGGAAGGGUGGGGUUGGCCACUUCAUAAAUCCACACUAUAAAUUCAGGGAAAAACCACUGCAGUGCAGAUGAUGAGAGAUCUUCACCCAUCUCACUACCACGCUCUACUAUAUCCUGCAAGACCUUUCUUCUGUAAACAGAACAUUUAGCAUAUAAUGGAAAGAAACUAAGUGCAUGUGAACAGGAGAAAUCAAAGCCUUAUGCUUUAUUUAUAAUUGCAGCAAUUUGUAAGCACAUCUUAACUAUCUUUGUGCACUGAUGCCUUUAAAUCAAGCUUCUCUACUCUAAUGUAUUAAUCAGUUCACACAUAUACCUAUAACUCUGUAUGUAGGUUUAGUAAUCCUGUGAUAUAUUAAUCAUAACAGAUAACAGAAGUAUUCUUCAGUUAAAGUUCUCUCUUUCUAGUCAACUUCACCAUAAUGUAUAUAACCUGAAUAUAUAUGUUAAGGAGAUCCUGUAGUCCUAGUUCCACUUUACACAAAGAGUAAGUGCAAGGAUCAUAGCUAAAUGCUAAUCGAGUUUGUCAGCAGGGGAAAACUUGCACUAAUAGUAGAUGCCUUAGAAGCCCACAUCUAGGGGUGUGCAGAUGGGGAGACAGAUGUGAUGUUCCAUCAGUGUGAAGACUCCAGCUGUGGAGCUGUGGUGAUCAUCUCUCAUCUAUUCCAUGUCUCAGCCAAUCAGUGACAUUAGACUGAAGUGACCAAACUGAAAAAAAUCCACCAGACAGGGUGGGGGGUUGGAGGUUACGGGAUAUCCAUUAUGGGCAAGAUGGUUAGUAGAGUUUUAGUGGAGUGGGAGGUUGGGCUGGAUAAUUAAAUUGUGUAGCAACAAGGUGAAACCUUGACUCAGUGUGGGAUGAAGGCUUUUUUGUCAAGCCUAUUGUAACGAGUGUAGGGGGUUGAAGCGAGUCGAAUAUUAACUUUGUUUGGCUAAAUUGUGGUUAAUGCGUGUUUAUUAAAGCCUGUAGCGGAGAAUCUAAUAUGUCUUGUUUGCAGGCAGAUUUAGCUCUUCACCUGUGGUCUCGAUCCUCUAUGCAUGUUUACUCGAGCUAAAUAAGCACAGCAGGGGAAAAGCAGUGUCAUUCUCAAAAAGGCAUUCCUAUAUUUGACUUUUCAUCUAUAAAAAACGAGUAGCCAUCUAUAAAACAAGAAGCCAAAAGUAUAGUGCUUCAAAAGCGUAUAUUAUAAGAAAGAAAUGUGAAAGGGGGCAGGGAUGCACUUCCAAAGAAAUUCAGACACUGCUGCUCCUCUCUGUGCUGCGAGAAUAAAAGGUAUAGUAGUGGAAUUCUAUGUAGGUGUUAGCACUCUGUGUGCCCAAGUGUAUUCUCACCUUAUCCAGUAUAAGAGUAUAUAACAGUUGCUCUGGUCAUUGAUAUGCUCGAGAGGUGUGUUACUGUCACUGUUGCUAUGGAGAUUUACAAUAUGGCACACUUGCCACUAUCACCAUGGUGACUUACCACUUCGUACCUUUUUAGCAAUCAAACACAGUUUGCUUCAAGAUAGCACACUUGUCUUAGUAUAAACUCUGUAAGUACAGGUUAUUAUGAAGAUGUGGGUCCACUGUGCUGUAAACAGUGAAGUCAGAGCUUUUUCACUGAGCAGUGUCACACACACAAAGAGCAGCUGUCCUGAGGCUAUGGGGCUCCAUAAGGCUUCUAUAAUCUGUAGUUCAGAGUAGCAGUCAUUUUUAGCACAUACUAUCUGCAUGUGUUAAUAUGUCUUACUGAGGUAUAUUUAUAUUUAUAACACAAAUGCCUUUCACCAAACUGGUACUACAAAGAGAAACAAAAACUCUAUUUUGCAUAUCUAAAGAGAACUGAAUUACCUAGAGAGGAAAAUAUGUAUUUUUAUAAGGCUGUGAAUUUAAAAUGCAAAAAACACUGAUUCAAUUAGGGGUAUGUUUUGCUCCUGUAACUUAUUUCAGAGGCUUCCUAUUAGGCUGACUGAAGUGCCUUGGCCAAGAGGAACAUUCACAUUGCAAGGCAGAGUUGAGCACCAGUGUUGGUGAAAGGAUAAGCAGAGUGUUAUGCGUCUUAUUUGUGAAGGGUCAGAUGCUGGCUGGCAAGAGGGCACUGGAGGGCAGCAAAUCAAAACUUUAAAAAAAGACACAUCAGUGUCAGGAUAAAGCCUAUGACUGGAUUAUAUGAAAUGGAUGUUCUUAUAAAGACAUCGUAUUUAAUAGUUGGAUGAAUGAAUGCAAAUUUGGCAAUAGGGUUGGUCUUUAAUUUUCUUUUGUAGACCCGUGAGGCCCUCCAGUCUGUCCCUAUAACUCUGUCUGCCAGCUCCUCCCUGAUCACUGUAACUGUGGAGCUGAGGUUAGAGGACUAAAACAGAGUUUGGUAUCAAAUAAUGAAUUAACCUUUUCUAUGUGAAAAAAUGUUUGAAUAAUUUUUUUUUUGUUAGCUGGGUUGGAGGGUUUACCCCUUUACCCCAAAUGGCCAUUCCUUAAACUGAAACAUUUUUUUUAAAAUAAAAAAUAUAUAUAAUCACAGUUGGCUUUCAGCCUCCACUAGAAACAAUAAUAUUAUUCAGCAAUAUCUUAAAAGUGCUAUAGUUGCUGAGGGCUUGUUCCUGGCCAAAGCAUCUCAUUCCCAUCUGUUAGCCGCUUUUUGAAAUCUGUUCAUUCCUAAAAUCAGCAUGGGCCAUCAGAGACUGCUUCUGUUAAAGACACCUUUCUUAUGUUUUCAGGUAUUAGACUAAAUUGGCUGAAUCACUAUAUAUGGAUUUCCUGUCACAGAUGACAGAGGCUUGAUUUUUCUUGUUCAUGCUAAUCAGGUUACAGUUGGUGAGAGGAGCUUAUUAGGAAAAGAGAAACUUAAGGGCUGAUUUAUUCACAUUGCUGCUCAAGAUGAUUGGUAGGGAACAAGCCUUAGGUAAAGCAUUCCAAGCCUAAAAUAGGAAUAGUCAGUAUGUUAUUGCCUGCUCAAUGAUGGACAUGUUCCCAUUCCGUCCAUGCCGUGGACAAAGUAACCUUUUUAAUCCUAGAGAGAAGAUAAAGGAAUAGAAGUAAUGAAUUCCUUUGACGUUACCUCAGAAUACCCAAUGUUAGGAGUUCAUACCGUAACUUGUGGUGAAAAUGGUUGUACUUGAAAAGUGCCAAGAUGUUAAAGAAAUUCACUUAAGUGUGUGAAAUUUCAAAUUAUUGCAUUGUAUUUGCACAAAGCUACUGAAACUCCUGUUUUCUCCUGUGACUUAUGCUUUUUAUAAUCUAUAUGUUGUAUUUAUGAGAUUAAUCAAUUAUAUUAAACUAUUUAUAA